AUGCCUCGUCCCCAGCAUCCACCGACGCCAGCCUCGUCGACCGAAAUCAGGAGCAAAGAUGGCACGCAGUAUUCUUCUUUACAGCUGUCCUUCGAGCUACCACCUCCAGCUGUAAAUGGCGCAGAUCCACAACCCACAUCAAGUCCCUCCUCGAAUUCAUCGUCAGCGUCUUCUUACCAUCCUGAACCGACUUCCCUCGUAUCACCCGCGAUACCUGCCAGCGAGGUGGUGAAGACCCGUAGGAGAUCUUCGGUGGCUCAAAAACCGAAUCAAGACACCUUCGCGUUGCCUCCACCGCCCACGAGAUCGAGAAAGAUCAUUCAGAUGAAACCCAAAGGAUCUCUGACGGACGUGGCAGAGGCGCCGAAGGAGGUUGAGGAGACGAAGGAUACAGCUAUCAAAGCUACCCCUGCCGCAAAGAAGAAACAGCCAUCUUCCACAAGUGUAGCGGGGCGCAAGAUUGCCAGGAAGACGGCGCACAGUUUGAUCGAGAGGCGGAGGAGGUCCAAAAUGAACGAAGAAUUUGGUGUACUGAAGGACAUGAUACCAGCAUGUACAGGAGAGAUGCACAAACUUGCCAUUCUACAGGCCUCCAUUGACUAUGUUCGAUACCUUGAAGACUGCGUUACGAAGCUGAAAGCCGAAAACAAUAGAACAAUCAAAACACCAAUCAAUGAGAGAUUUGUACUUCCUCCACCGGCCAGAGCCGAUUCACAAAGCACUCCGCGACCUUACGCCGACUCACAUGAAGAAGACGAAGAUGUUGAGAUGGGAAAUUCUGCCGCUGUAUCACCAGAUUCUUACUCUUCGGUUUCUACCGAUCAGCGGCAUUACAGCUUCAGUGCCUCAUCUACAACGUCUCCCGCGUUGGGUCCUGGCGCCUAUGAAUUUUCUCGCAAUCUGCCAUCGGUCGGAUCCGCGCUCACGAGUCCAGCUUUGUUGCCUCAGCGAGAUCUCGAUCAAGAAGCUACCGCUGCGUUGUUAAUGUUGAAUACCGAUAGGAGGGGCACACGUGGAAGUAUUAGUGGGCGGGGAGGCAUGAGUGUCAAAGACCUUUUGAGCACCUGA